GCUUAGAUAUAGUUCAUCACACAUAGAGCAGUAGAGACAAAAUUUCUUACACUCUCCAGCCAUAAUAUACUACUUGUGUAUAAAUAUAUAUAUAUAUAUAUUUAUAUAUUAUUAUAAAAGAAUGGAGGUAGAGAGAGUCCAAGCGUUAUCGUCAGCUCGGCUAAUGGAGCUUCCGGAGCAGUUCAUUUGGCCCGGAAACGAACGCCCGGAGAACAGCAAGGCCGUGGAGGGAGUGACGGUGCCCGUGGUCUCUCUGUGUCAGCCGCACGAGGUGGUGGUUAAGGAUAUUGCAGCUGCAGCCACUGAGUGGGGCUUCUUUCUGAUCACCGAUCACGGGAUACCGGCGGCAUUGAUCCAACUGCUGCAAGAGGUCGGUGAGAUGUUUUUCGAGCUACCGCAGGAGGAGAAGGAGGCCUACGCGAAUGAUCCAUCGUCAGGAAAGUUUGAAGGUUAUGGAACUAAGAUGACUACGUCUAAGAGUGAGAGCCACCAUGAUCAAGAAAAGGUGGAGUGGAUCGACUACUUUUUCCAUGUCAUGGCUCCUCCAUCUAAGGUUCAUCACCAGUUUUGGCCCCAAAAUCCUCCUUCUUAUAGGAAAGUGACAGAAGAAUACAACAAAGAAAUGUUGAGGAUAACAGAUGUGGUGCUUCAACUAUUGACGAAAGGACUUGGGAUAGAAGGGAAGGGUUUAAAGUUUUGUUUGGGAGAAGAGGAAAUAGAGCUAGAAAUGAAGAUAAACAUGUAUCCACCAUGCCCACAACCAGAGCUAGCUCUAGGAGUUGAACCUCACACUGACAUGUCUGCUAUCACCAUACUUGUGCCCAAUCAAGUUUCUGGCCUUCAAGUCUGGAAAGACAACCAAUGGGUUGCGGUUGAUUACUUUCCAAAUGCACUCUUCAUUCACAUUGGAGAUCAAAUUCAGGUACUAAGCAAUGGGAAGUACAAGAGUGUUCUUCAUAGGAGCUUGGUGAACAAGGAAAAGACUCGCAUGUCAUGGGCGGUGUUUUGCGUGCCUCCUCGUGAGACGAUGAUCGGACCUCUGACAGAGCUCGUCGGCGAGAACGCCUUGCCCAGGUUUUCCACCAAAACAUAUGCAGAGUAUCGCUAUCGCAAGCUCAACAAGCUCCCACAGUAAAAACAAUAUUAAUGAUAAUAAUUAUUGUUAGUUAUAAAUAAAAUCAAUCAAAUCCUUAAUUAGUGCACAAGGCAUACAUAUAUGUUGCGGCUUUUAAGGUUUCAGAAUAAAUUAAAAAUAGAUUUAUUUA